AUGGCUACAUACCGUAUCCUGGACCAAGAAGGCCAGAUCAUUGAUAAGGAACGAUCUCCCCCUGAUAUCACAGACGAAGAGGCCUUGAAACUGUAUAGAGAUAUGGUCAGCGUGUCGAUCAUGGACCUGAUCAUGUUCGAUGCGCAACGCCAGGGAAAGAUUAGCUUCUACAUGGUCUCGGCCGGUGAAGAGGGAAUCGCAGUGGGGAGUGCCAGCUCCUUGAACGCGAGAGAUCCUGUAUUCGCACAGUAUCGAGAGCAUGGCGUGUUUCAAUACCGCGGCUUCACGCUGGACAACUUCAUGUCGCAACUCUUCGCGACAAAGGACGACCCUGGACAGGGUAUCAAUAUGCCGGUACACUAUGGGAGCAAGGAAUUUCACAUCCAUACAAUCAGUAGUCCUCUAGCGACGCAGAUCCCGCAUGCCUCUGGAGCGGCAUAUGCGGUCAAGAUGCAAGAUAUGCAGAAUCCAACCGAAGAGCCGAGGGUAGUCGCAUGCUAUUUCGGCGAAGGCGCUGCGUCCGAGGGAGACUUCCAUGCUGCGCUGAAUAUUGCCGCGACUCGAGCAUGUCCCGUGCUCUUCAUCUGCCGCAAUAAUGGCUACGCGAUCAGCACGCCCACUCUGGAACAGUACCGCGGCGAUGGCAUCGCAUCUCGCGGAGUGGGAUACGGAAUCGACACGAUCCGCGUCGACGGAAACGACAUCUUGGCCGUGCGAGAAGUGACAAAGUACGCCCGAGAUCUGGCAUUAAGUGAUGGUGGUAAACCAGUCUUGAUCGAGGCCAUGAGCUAUCGCAUCUCCCACCACAGCACAUCUGACGAUUCCUUCGCGUAUCGCGCCAAGGUGGAGGUCGAAGACUGGAAACGGAGGGACAAUCCCAUCACCCGACUCCGAAAAUGGCUCGAAGGGAAAGGCAUCUGGAGUGAAGACAAGGAGAAGGAGCUUCGAGCCGACACUCGCAAGAAUAUCCUCGACGCAUACCGGAAAGCCGAGAAAGAGAAACGCCCGCCGAUAAGUACCUUGAUGAAGAAUGUGUACGCGGAACCAACCGAGGAGCAGAUUGAGCAAAUGGGCAAGCUCAAGAAGAUGAUUGAGAAAUACCCGAAUGAAUACGACGUGUCAGGUUUUGAGGACGGUGUGCAUGGGUUGACGCUAGACAAGAAGUAG